AUGGGCUGGACGUACAACGCCCCCGACGGCACGCCGACGAACGGACCCCGGAUCGUGGCCGUCACGAUCACAUUUACCGGCUUCACCCUCGCCAUAGUCUGUCUGCGGGCCUACGUGAGAGGAUGGAUGGUCAAGGCUUUCGGCCACGAUGACUGGAUGAUAAUGGUGUCGUGGGUCGGGACGUGCGUGUAUUCGCUGUGCACGGUAGUUCAGACGAAAUGGGGCUUGGGCGUGAUGAGCCUCGAGGACAUGCCCCCCGGAAACGUCUACAAUUUCGGACUGGUCCAGUACAUCGGCGCUCCGUUUUACGUUGUGGGAAUAUGGGGGUUUAAAAUGAGCCUGCUGCUGUCGUACCUCCGGUUCUUCCAAGGGAGAUAUCACACAGCAGCGGUCUUCGUAGGGAUAGCUUGCACGCUGGCGCACAUCGCCUUCGUCUGUGUCUUCCUCUUCCUCUGCACGCCGAUAAGCAAGCAAUGGGAUCCAGCUAUCACGUAUGGACACUGCGCCGCAGCGGUGCCAUUUUAUUUGAGCUUCUCGUCUCUGACGAUCUGCUUCGACCUGAUGGUUAUCAUCCUCCCGUUCCCAGUGCUACUGCAGUCCAAGAUCCCGCGGCGGCGGAAGGCGGCGCUGCUGAUCCUCUUCGCGCUGGGCAUCUUCGUGACGGUGAUCCAGGUGAUCCGGAUCCAGACGAUCCGCAGCCUGGCGAACUACCUGGACUCGGCGGAGCCGAUAACGUGGUCGAUCGUGGAAGCGAAUAUCGGGGUGACGAUCGCGUGCAUCCCGACGCUGGCGCCGCUCUUCAAGUACUUCUCGGAGCGGUCGCGGAGCGGGACGGGGUCGGGCUCGCGCCGGCCGCCGGAGCUGCGGUACGCGCUGCGCACCUGGGGCAGCGGCACGCGCGCGCUCGGCCACCGCAGCCACAACGAGACCGAGGUCAGCGGCGUGCGCCGCGGCACCGGCGACAGCACCGAGCUCAUCCUCGACGCUGACGGCAUCACCAAGACCCUCGACGUCACCGUCACGCGCCAGCCGCACCAGCCGGCGCCCGACUCCCGCGCGAGCGCCGACACCCUGGACGACGACCGCGGCCACCUGCAGGUCCCCGCGAAGGCUGCGGCACCGCAGGACAUGUGAUGGGGGGGUCAGUUCCGACGGCGCACAGGGUAAAUAGGGGGGUUUUUUUUUUUUAAAAAAAGGAGUAAAAAACCCCGGAAAUCGGGAACAAGGGAUAGAGGAGGCAAAGUGGCGCAGGGCAAAGGGCAAAAGGGAAGGACGGAAAAAAAAAAGAACAACUGGGAUAAAGUAACUAUGAUGCACGGCAAGACAGGUUCGGGGUUACAACGGUAUACUACACGAAGAUAUUACACGGCGGCGCGAGGGCGAAUCCGGGAUAUACAAGUAAAGGGGGGGAGGGCUUUUCAGGUUCGGGUUCACGGAAGCG